UAGACCGCUUUUUGACGGAGAUUGAACUCUUUAGCCAAAUUUCCUUCACUUUGCCCUUGCCUAUUUUCAUUCUGAUACUCGCUUUUCAACUGCUCCGAGCGAUGCCUGGGAAGCAAAAGAAAACAAGGAAGUAUGCGACCAUGAAGAGAAUGCUUAGUCUCAGAGACCAGAGGCUUAAAGAAAAGGAUAGAUUAAAGCCUAAAAAGAAAGAAAAGAAAGAUCCCAGCGCACUCAAGGAAAGAGAAUUGCCUCAACAUCCUUCCUGCUUAUUUUUCCAAUAUAAUACACAGCUGGGCCCACCUUACCACAUCCUGGUAGAUACCAACUUUAUCAACUUUUCCAUUAAAGCCAAACUGGAUUUAGUGCAGUCAAUGAUGGACUGUUUGUAUGCCAAGUGUAUCCCUUGUAUAACUGACUGUGUAAUGGCUGAAAUUGAGAAAUUGGGACAGAAGUAUCGAGUGGCUCUAAGGAUCGCCAAGGAUCCAAGAUUUGAACGAUUACCGUGCACACACAAAGGAACCUAUGCAGAUGACUGUUUGGUACAGAGAGUAACUCAGCAUAAGUGUUAUAUUGUGGCCACGGUUGACCGGGACCUUAAGAGAAGAAUUCGAAAGAUCCCUGGAGUUCCUAUCAUGUACAUUUCUAACCAUAGGUACAACAUUGAACGGAUGCCAGAUGAUUAUGGAGCCCCUCGGUUCUAGUCCUUGCAAGACAAAGUUUCUCUGCCUUCCUUCAACUGACUUUUUCUGUUACUAGUUCAUUAAACAUUUUCUAUUAUGAGCCAAUUGAGUGUCAUUAAGUGCACUCACUUUUUGAUGCUGUUUUGAAUUGAUAUAUCACUUAAAAAGUUGUUGCAUUUUUUUAUAAAUCAGAUGCUCAGAUCA